CUCCAUCCCCCCCGGGUUGCAUUGCUGAUCCCAGAAUCGUCUUUCCUCAGUGCGACCUUACUUCUCCAUCUUCUCCUCCACCAUUUACCCAUCUCACCUCUUUGGGUCUUCACUUGCUCGCACCAGGGCUUUGCUUGACAUGUCCGCCGCGGUUGACCACAUCUCCAACGACAGUGUGUCGACAGUCCACCAAGAGAAGAGCACCACCUUCAUCCCCGUCGACAAGUUCGAAAACGUCGGCAGCAUGUCGCAGGACGAGAACAUCUCCGCCAGAGCCGACAGCCACGCGCCGCCCAUGCAGGCCGAGCUCGAGCCUGAGCUGCGCUGGUCCAAGUUCCGCGAGUACGGCCGCGACUUCUUCUCCGAGUUUGCCGGUACCAUGAUCAUGAUCCUGUUUGGCGACGGCGUUGUCGCGCAGGUGAUCCUGUCGGAGGAUCAAAAGGGCAACUACCAGAGUAUCUCAUGGGGCUGGGGAUUGGGCGUCAUGCUCGGCGUGUACGUCGCCUCCAAGUCGGGCGGCCAUCUCAACCCCGCCGUCACCCUCGCCAACUGCAUCUACCGUGGCCACCCGUGGCGCAAGUUCCCCGUCUACUUCAUGGGUCAGCUGCUCGGCUGCAUGGCGGGCGCCUUCAUCAUGUACGGCACCUACUACCAGGCCUUUUCGAACCUGGAGGGCGGCACCCAGCGCACCAUGUUGACCGCCGGCAUCUUCUGCACGUACCCUGCCGACUUCUUGACGACCGAGGCCAUGUGGUGGUCCGAAUUCGUGUCCAGCACCAUCCUCAUCUUUGUCAUCUUCGCCCUCGCCGACCCCCACAAUGGCAACGCCGGAAAGUUUAUGCCUCUCGCCCUCUUCUUCCUGAUCUUCGGCAUUGGCGCGUGCUUCGGCUGGCAAACCGGCUAUGCGAUCAACCUGGCCCGUGACUUUGGUCCCCGUCUCGUCUCGUACAUUGUCGGCUACCCCUUCGAGGUCUGGUCGGCCGGCAACUACUACUUCUGGAUUCCCAUGGUCGCUCCCUUCUUCGGCUGCACCUUUGGCGGGUUCCUGUAUGACGUCUUCAUCUUCACCGGCGAGAGCCCGAUCAACACACCCUGGAUGGGCCUCAAGCGCUUCACCCAGCCCAACCGCAAGACGUGGUCCAACACGUACCGGGCUCAGGAGAUUUCCAAGGUGUAGAUUGCCCACUGUCCGAUGUGGAUGAGUCGCAUGUAUUCUUCGGAAGAGAUGUCCAUGUUGGCGGGAAAAAAAAAAACGAAAAAUACCAAAAGGAGUUGUUGGCGUUGAUUUAGGGAAGCGUGGGGGAAACAGUCCAGUCAUUCACGACCAGAUACAUGUAGCUGUUUAGCGACUCAUUCUGCAAUCGAAGAAAUGUUUCAAGUUCAAAAAAGAAAUGGCCGAAAGAUGAAUCAUCGUGAAUGUCGCACGCGGGGCGCAAGCUCGCAGUCAUGUACUAACACGUUGUGGCUCUAUUCCCCCACGCAUAAUGUUGGGCGCUCGCGGUAAGAUUACGACGAUGCCCGAUGGGACUGGUGGACGCCACACUGCG